AUGUCUGAAUCCCCUCUGGACAACCCCAAUGGUCGUGGUCUGACCUGGAUCUUUGAUCACUGUCUGCGGUACCCGACUUCCUAUGAAAUUCCUCUCCGUACCAUGUACACCAUCAACUGCAACCCCGCCAAGAACCCCAACUCCACUCGUCCCCAGGAGUCCGCCUUCUCCCCGCGCCACUCCGCUUCUUCCAAGUCUAGCUCGGAGGACUCCAUUGACGCCAGCGCCGACUUUCGCUCGCAACUCAUCUACCAAAUUUCUCGCCUGCCCUCGCAGCCCUGUGCCCUGCCCCCGGCCUUCCUCACUUCUUUCUUGCGCCGCGUUUGGAUUGCCGACCUCGAUCAGGUGGAUUUCCCUCAGGCGUUGACUGCUCUGGACUACCUGCGGGACCUGGACGCCCGCUGGAAGAAGGAAAUGUACAAUGCUAUUCAGCGCCUGGGCAUCAGCCGUGCUGAUGUCGAAGAUCCUGUUCACUCUGGGUUAGCCCUCAACCUCCCCGGAGUCAUGUCUUGGCUGGAGACCAUGAAGAGCAAAGGACGCUACAUGGAGGCCCUGUACACCCAGAUCUACGUCGGCCUGCGUCGUUGGACUCUUCUUAACGAAAUGAUUCUUGACCACACCAAUAAAGUUGCCCACGUCGCCAUGCUCAACACACUCUUCCCGCCGGUUGAGGAGAAGGACGCUACCCCGACUUCACAAUUGACCCACCAUAUUCUCAAGGUGCAGCGGUCAGGUUUCUUUACUUGGAUCAACGCCGUCAGUAGGGACGGUAACACUAAUAUCCUCAACCCGGUUAUCGCGCAGGGCGCCCCCGAGGGCGAGGCGACCAGCUGGCCUAUUGUCCGUGAUUCCGUGGAGAAGUAUCUAACAAUGGCUCAAGAGAUGAUUGAUGAGUGCAUGUUGAUCCAUGAGCCCGCGAAUCUGGAGGAGCCUAAAUCUCCUCAAUCUGCCCACCGCACCAAAGGUCGCAAGGUCGACUCGGGCAUCAGCUUUGCUUCUUCCACCAGCAACCUUAGCCUUUCAGAGACCACCCAGGAGAAGCCUCUCCCCUACUUCCCAGCUCCCACGUCUCCCCCGGCAAAGUCUGCUGGCUCGGCCCUGGAACGUCUGGCCACUGAGAUUCGUCGCAUGGGUCUCGGCAAUAAGACCAAGAGCUUGAAGAAGAUGAAGUCUACCACUACCUUUGGCAUUCGCCCUAGCAGCCAGGACAGCUACGAGGGAUCGUUCUUUGAGAUCGACGAGCAAAAGCGCCGCCGUCUGAUUGGUGAAGCCACCAGCCGCAAGAAGUCGCAAGCAAAUGAUCCCGCUCUCCACACCCAGUAA